ACCAAUGAUUGACGAUGGUCGGAUGUGAUAGUUUGUUUGUUUAUAAUUAUUUAUGUCUCUGAGUACUUUGUUUUUUUUGUUAAAUUUUCCUAGUUGUUAUUAAUUUGGUAUCUAAUGUUAUUGAAAUUUUUUCGCUUUUUGCUUCUGUGAGAAGCAUAAUAAGAUUUAAAAUGGAAGAUUCCAACAAUAUUGUGUCGUCUGAUGAUAGUUGCGACUCGGAAAUGAAAAUUAUGAAAAAUCAAUUGACCGAAUUUGGCCUAGAUGAAGAUAAUUUAACGAAAGAAGAAAUGAGUGAUCUGCUUAAAGCUUUACGAGAUUCAGAGGCAUCUGCUAAGGAAGAUGAAUUAUUACGAAAGGCUGACACAGAACCUAGCAGCACAUCACCAAAGAAAACUAUGAAAAGGAGAUAUUUAAAUGUGCGUGACAGGCGUUUGCCUUGGAGUAUCCUGCCCAGUACUAUAACACAGGCUGAAAAAGCUCGCACUCUUGCUGUUUAUGUUAAAUUAAUGUCCAUUAAUAGCUAUCGCCAAGCACGACAGUGUGCAAAUUUUGCUACAUGGCCUCCACCCAUCCAAAUCAUUGAGGAGACAACAAGAAUCCAGCCAAUUAGAUCAACAAGAAGUGGUCGGUCUGUACCUAUUUACUCUGGAUUUGAUGAUGAUUCAUCUGAUUUGGACUUUGUUGUUACAAAAACAAAGAAAAGAAAGAUAUCUAACAGUGACUCCAAUGUUAAUGAAUGUUUAGUUUCCAACAAAAAUCUAAGUUUAAAGAGAAAAACAUUGAAAGAUGAGAAUUUACGGCCAAUUAAGGAAGCAAAAACAGAUAUAGAUAGUAACAGCUUGGAACUAAUUAUUGAAUAAUGAUUUUAUAAUCACAGAAGACUGAGAUUUUUGUUUUAAGACAUUAUGUUAGUUCACAAUGAUGUAACAGUGAAAUAGUAUAUAUAAGAAAUAAUGAUACUGUUAGUAUUGGGCUGGUGUAUAGAUUGGUGCCUAAAUAGUAAUACUGAUAUGUAUAAUAUACAUAUUAUAUAGAUAGUAGACAUGAGCACAAGAAUGUUUUCUUUUGUUUUUUUAUCCAGAUAAAUAAUAUUUGUGCCUAUUUGUAAUUAUAUUGUAAUAUAUAUUGUAAUCAUUAAAUAUUAUUGAAGUUAGAUUUUAAAAUUACAUUUUUAAUGACUAUAUUUUGUUACAUGAAGGUUUGAUUAUAUUGAGUUCAUAACUCUUAUUGCUGUAACAAACUAGUCAAUUGUCUUUUGUUUUUUUUUAAGGUUCUAUACAAAAAAAGAGAAAAUGGUAUUCUAAUAGUAUCUUUACAUAUAUUUUAUCAGACUUUUAUUUUGGAAAGAUAUAUGUGACCCACACAUAAUCAUAUUUAUAAUUUGAAUAAUAUAGUAUGCAACAAGGAAAAUCAAAUAUAAAAUAAAAACUUUCGUAAAUAUUAAGGAUAUUGUACACAUGUUUUCAAUUUAUUAUUAUCUUUGAAUUACAUUUAAAAAUAUUAAAAUUUGGCAUCUUGUCUGAUCUAAGUUAGUUCCUAAGUUAGCAGUCAGAAAAUGGAGGAUAAAAUAUAUAUUUAGAGAUAAAUUGAAGUAGAGUUUUUUGUAAUAUGUUUUCAUCAUAUUUGUGUUUCAAUUGCUCACAUGUAAUGGAAAAGUCAUUUUAUUGUUUGACAAUAAUAAAGGUUGGCAAUAUUUUUA